UUUUUUUUUUUUUAGAUGGAGUCUCAUUCUGUCACCCAGGCUGGAGUGCCGUGGCGUGAUCUCGGCUCACUGCAACCUCCACCUCCCAGGUUCAAGCAACUCUCCUGCCUCAGCCUCCGGAGUAGCUGGGAUUACACGCACUCACUACUACAGCAAUUAUGGAUAAAGCUGCUGUAAACAUCCACGUGGAAAUUUUGUACGGACAUAACUUUUCAGUUCAUUUGGGUAAAUACUAAGGAGCACAACUGCUGGAUCAUAUGAGACAAGAUUUCGCUAUGUUGGCCAGGCUAGUCUCAAACUCCUGACCUCGUGAUCCGCCCACCUCGGCCUCCAAAAGUGCUGGGAUUACAGGCAUGAGCCACUGCUCCCGUCCGGUAUUUUUAAAUGCAAGUUUUUCUUCUUUUCCUUGCAUAGCAUUUAAGGCCCUCUCCAAAUUCUGUCUCCCAACCAUUUUCCCACCCUGGUCAUUCUUUGACAGUGAUUUAUUAAGCACAGCCUCGAAAGCACGGAGAUGGCCUGGGGUAGGCACUCGGGAUUCAGUGGUGAAUGAAGCAGUCCUGAUCCUUCUGACUUACUGAGUACGGCAGUCUCUCAGCUCUGCACUUUUACUCAAGACCUGCACUGUCUGUCUCUCGGUAUCCUUUUACCCUAUCAAUUCUUUUUUUUUUUUUUUUUUUUGAGAUGGAGUUUUUGCUCUGUUGCCCAGGCUGGAGUGCAAUGGUGCGAUCUCAGCUCACUGCAACCUCUGCCUCCCGGGUUCACGUGAUUCUCCUGCCUCAGCCUGCCGAGUAGCUGGGAUUACAGGCGCCCACCACCACACCUGGCUAAUUUUUGUAUUUUUAGUAGAAACAAGGUUUCACCAUGUUGGUCAGGCUGGUUUUGAACUCUCGAUCUCAAGUGAUUCACCCACCUCAGCCUUUCAAAGUACUAGGAUUACAGGAGUGAGCCACCAUGCCUGGCCUUACCCCGUCAAUUCUCAGCUGGCCUUCAAAGUCCAUCUCAAAGCCUGCCUUCUCAGCAAACCUCCCCCCAGCCCCAAGCCCCUUAGGGUGAAUCACCUCUGGCCUGGCACGCUGGCUCCCCUCUUCCCAGGUGUUUGGAUCUGCCUCACUGGAUCCGUAAGCUCCCUGAGAGUAGGCUCUGGGCCCUUUACUUAUUUGUGCCCUUGUUAAGCCCCACCUACACCCACAUAUUCCAGGCUCAUUAGAUUCUUGAAAUAAUGACUUUUUAAUUAAAGCAGACAUAAGUAGGUUUCAGGAGCAUUUAUAUUCCCAACUUGGUCUUGGGUACAAAGAAACUGAGACUUCAUGCUUGACUCCUUCACCUGAAACCCAAGCUACCUCAGCUGUUUCCUACCUCUCAGCUUAUCCUAGGGAGACUCAAAGGUAGGGGCGGAGUGAUUUGCUGGCCCAGGGUCCCUGAGGCAUAGCGAUGUCUAAUUCCAGGGGAUGUCCAUGAUCCCUAUCUCUAGUCUCUCCAGAGAUUCUGGUUCUCGUCCUGCCUGGAUGCUCACCCUAGGGCAGUAUGAAGUUUUUCCGUCUCCAGCAGAGGACUCUGAGGGAAGGGAUUGGGAACUCUCUUUGGUUUCUGCUCUCUGGUGGGGCAAGGGUUAAUGGUGAAUUGCAACAUAUCUCUUGGCUGAGUCACCUCCCUCUGCCUCUCCCCCAAAUUCCCUUCAGCUGUUAUAAAGAGGACCAGAGGCUGGAGAGUAAAAAGAACUGGAGGUAAGAGCCCCUCUGCCUAGCACUGCUCCCCCAGGCUCCCAGAAAUCUCAGGUCAGAGGGCACGGGCAGCCUCUGGAGCUCUUGUCUGGUGGGACCAUGAACUGGCAGCAGCUGUGGCUGGGCUUCCUACUCCCCAUGACAGUCUCAGGCCGGGUCCUGGGGCUUGCAGAGGUGGCGGCCGUGGACUACCUGUCACAAUAUGGGUACCUACAGAAGCCUCUAGAAGGAUCUAAUAACUUCAAGCCAGAAGAUAUUACCGAGGCUCUGAGAGCUUUUCAGGAAGCAUCUGAACUUCCAGUCUCAGGUCAGCUGGAUGAUGCCACAAGGGCCCGCAUGAGGCAGCCUCGUUGUGGCCUAGAGGAUCCCUUCAACCAGAAGACCCUUAAAUACCUGUUGCUGGGCCGCUGGAGAAAGAAGCACCUGACUUUCCGCAUCUUGAACCUGCCCUCCACCCUUCCACCCCACACAGCCCGGACAGCCCUGCGUCAAGCCUUCGAGGACUGGAGCAACGUGGCUCCCUUGACCUUCCGAGAGGUGCAGGCUGGCGCGGCUGACAUCCGCCUCUCCUUCCAUGGCCGCCAAAGCUCGUACUGUUCCAAUACUUUUGAUGGGCCUGGGAGAGUCCUGGCCCAUGCCGACAUCCCAGAGCUGGGCAGUGUGCACUUCGAUGAAGACGAGUUCUGGACUGAGGGGACCUACCGCGGGGUGAACCUGCGCAUCAUUGCAGCCCAUGAAGUGGGCCAUGCUCUGGGGCUUGGGCACUCCCGAUAUUCCCAGGCCCUCAUGGCCCCAGUCUACCAGGGCUACCGGCCCCACUUCAAGCUGCACCCAGAUGAUGUGGCAGGGAUCCAGGCUCUCUAUGGCAAGAAGAGUCCAGUGAUAAGGGAUGAGGAAGAAGAAGAGACAGAGCUGCCCACUGUGCCCCCAGUGCCCACAGAACCCAGUCCCAUGCCAGACCCCUGCAGUAGUGAACUGGAUGCCAUGAUGCUGGGGCCCCGUGGGAAGACCUAUGCUUUCAAGGGGGACUAUGUGUGGACUGUAACAGAUUCAGGACCGGGCCCCUUGUUCCGAGUGUCUGCCCUUUGGGAGGGGCUCCCCGGAAACCUGGAUGCUGCUGUCUACUCGCCUCGAACACAAUGGAUUCACUUCUUUAAGGGAGACAAGGUGUGGCGCUACAUUAAUUUCAAGAUGUCUCCUGGCUUCCCCAAGAAGCUGAAUAGGGUAGAACCUAACCUGGAUGCAGCUCUCUAUUGGCCUCUCAACCAAAAGGUGUUCCUCUUUAAGGGCUCCGGGUACUGGCAGUGGGACGAGCUAGCCCGAACCGACUUCAGCAGCUACCCCAAACCAAUCAAGGGUUUGUUUACGGGAGUGCCAAACCAGCCCUCGGCUGCUAUGAGUUGGCAAGAUGGCCGAGUCUACUUCUUCAAGGGCAAAGUCUACUGGCGCCUCAACCAGCAGCUUCGAGUAGAGAAAGGCUAUCCCAGAAAUAUUGCCCACAACUGGAUGCACUGUCAUCCCCAGACUAUAGACACUACCCCAUCAGGUGGGAAUACCACUCCCUCAGGUACGGGUACAACCUUGGAUACCACUCUCUCAGCCACAGAAACCACGUUUGAAUACUGACUGCUCAACCACAGACACAAUCUUGGACAUUAACCCCUGAGGCUCCACCACCCACCCUUUCAUUCCCUCCUAGAAGCCUAAGGCCUAAUAGCUGAAUGAAAUACCUGUCUGCUCAGUAGAACCUUGCAGGUACUGUGGCAGGGGCAUGACCGUAGACCUCAGGCCUCUAACACUUCCAACUCCAGCCACCACUCUCCUGUGCAUUUUCACUCCUGAGAAGUGCUCCCCUAGCUCAGCUCCCCUAACUUGGAUUUGGCCCCCAACUCCAUUUCCUGUCUGUCUUAGACAGCCCUUCCAACUGUGUCAUCUCUUCUCUGGAGGUCAAUGGUAGAGGGAGAUGCCUGGGUCCUGUUCUUCCUACAUAAAAUGCAAGAAAACAGCAUGGCCAGUAAACUGAGCAAGGGCCUUGGAAUCCUUGAGAAUCACAUUUAUGUGCUUAUGAUUACGGGCAAGCUAAUUAACCUUGUUGAAUCUCAGAUUCCCCAUUUGCAACAUUAGGUUAAGACCAGUACUGCAGGAUUGUUGCACUAAAUGAAAUACUGUAUGUGAAGUGCCUGGCACAGUGUCUGGUACAUUUGUGUUUAAUAAAAGCUAACUCCAUGUUCAUAAGAGAGGACUGAACAGCUCUUCCUCUAGCUGUCUGGCUGUGUAACUCCCACAAUAGUCUGUAUAAUAAAGGUACCUCUAUUAGAUCUUUAGGGGACAGAGGAUUUGUCAAGAUGGUUAGCUCUUUGUUUUGGGGUGCAGAGAAAGAAAAGAGCAACAGUAGAGGCUGGACUCCCUGGUUAAUGCCAUU